GUAAGGACGCUAUUUGUCAGUGGACUGCCCAUGGACACGAAGCCGCGUGAACUCUACCUUCUCUUCCGCAACUUCAAGGGUUACGAGGGAUCGUUUUUGAAGAACACGCCUAAACUUAACGACGCAAAAACUUAUGCGCCGGUCGCAUUUGUCAUGUUCGAUUCGAAGUUGAGUGCAGAGAAAGCAAAACAAUCUCUACAGGGCGUGAGGUUUGACCCCGACGUUGCCAUGACAAUCCGACUUGAGUUUGCGAAGACGAACACCAAAAUGCAGAAAUACCACAACCACCCAAACUUCAUCCAUGUGAACAACAUAGCAGCCCAGAGCGAAGCACAACAGCAGCAACUGCAAAACAUGCAGAACAACACCCUACCCUCUAGUUUGUCUUCCGAUCAGAACCAGCCACUCACUUUUGGCCCCUCCUUGAGCGCCUCUUCCAGUUUGCAAUCAAUGCCGAGUAAUGUAUCCCCCACAUCGCCCACUUACAAACAGGUUCACCCGAGAAUCAUCCCCAAUGGACUGUUCGGCUGUGCCCAAAGGGGGGACAAUUUGACUUCUCAAGCAUCAGUGAUGGGUAGUCACGGCAACUACGUCCAGAUGUCUGUAGCACACGUUCCGACGCUAACGGCAGCCAGUCCAGUCGCAGCUAUUCCGAGUCAGCAAUCUCAUCUAUUGGCGUCAUACGCCGGAAUGUCGCCAUUCAUUAGCACAACAGAUGCAUGGACUUCGCAACAACAAGCCUUGGCUUACGCGGUCGAACUAGCAGCUGAGAGCUCAACCGGGACAGCGGGAUUGACUUACCACCACCACCACCAACCGGGUAACCCUCACACGUCCCCAGCAGCAGCCGCCAAUCAGAGCUUCUUCGCCGCCCCCACUGCCGCAAACCUGCAGAUACACAAUCAGGUCGCACAGCACCAAGCCGCAUCUGCACUGUUGUCCGCGGCAGCCGCCAAUGCCGCCAACAUUAACCAACAUUUGCACACCACACACCACAGCCACCACCAACAGCAGCACCACAGCAGCAGUCACCUCCCCCAUCUAGCCCACGCCGCCGGGACACCACAGCAACACCAGCACCAGCACCAGGGGCAGACAGCUGCAACCCUCCUGCCCCAGACACACACGGGUGCCGCCUUAGGUGCAGCCGCCGCCUCGCAACAGGCCGCAGCAGCCAUGUCCACUGCCCAGCUCCUAGCCCAAUUCGCGUCUCAAGGUCACGCCACCGGACACCCGCAACUCGCCACAGGCCAUCCGCUGCACUCGCCGACAGCAGCCAUUGCGAUGCCUUCGUUCGCGUCGCCUGCAGCGGCCUUCGGGGCCCACAACGGAUUGGGGUCUAUGACGGCGCCGACCACAAAUAACAGCACUUUGUUCAUUGCAAAUUUGGGACAUGGAUCAACUGAAGAUGAGCUCAGUCUCAUUUUUAAUGGUUUCUUUGGGUUCAACAGGCUGAAGAUGUACAGAAACAACGGCCAAACUCCAGUUUGUUUUGUCGAAUUUAAUUCGUCGGCAGCUGCAAUCAUUGCAAUGACAGCCCUUCAAGGUCACAUUCUGAAGUCGUCCGAGAAAGGAGGAAUCCGCAUCGAGUUCGCCAAAAACCGAAUGGGCGAAAUUGGAAAAGCUGGAAGAAAAGAAUUGGAGGAAUCUAGAAACCCGCAACAGCCGAUCAAAUCCGAACCCAACGCCGCAAACUCUCAAACAAUUAGCAACCCGCCAACUUCCUGCAGGCGAAUUGAAAAUUCCUCGGGAAUGGAACAGCAACCGAACUCGAAUUUAGAAUUAAACGGUAAUGGAGAUAGAUUCGUUCCUAGAUCUCAAGUUUACUGAAAGCCAGAUUUCAUUUUAAUGAAAAAGAACAAACAAACAUUUUUGUGAUAGUAAAUCAAUUAGAUUUUAUGAAUCUUUUUAUUAUGUGUUAAAAUUUGAAAAUAGUCUCUCAAAGUGACAAAAACUAUUUAAACGACCAAUACAGGGUAACAUAUUUUCCGGUGCUACAAAUCAUUGAUUUCAAAAUUAUGUAAUCACUUUUUCUGUCCAAGCAUCUGAGAUGUAUAGACUGUCCGAAAAGGGUGUAUUCUGUAUUCCAACUUUUCGAUCGUGUUUUAUAUUGGAGUAUUGUAUUAUAUUCAAUUUGAUUUUGUGAGCAAUUGCUUAAUUUUAAUGAAAGUACUCAAUUAAUCUUAACUUCUUUGUA